CACAUCGCCGCUGCACUUGUCUUGUGACAGUAUGGAGGUGACACCGGGUGCGCGCUCCCGCCCAGUCAGUAGCGGACGCGGACGGGCACGCGGAGGGAUUUACUGUGGAAUCCGACUUGCUGCGAGUCCAGUUCCUCGAGGCAGAAGCACUCCUCCAGACUCUUCUCCCGUGAGCCUCGGUCAAGGCUACACCCCACCGGAGUGUAACGAGGCCAUGAAUUCGCUGCGCGCCUCUGUGCUCGGCCUCCCCGCGCUUUCCUCCGUCACCGGCACCACAGAUCCUCGCUUCCGGCUCCGCUGGCGCACCAUCGCGGCAGCCGCAUUGCUGGCGCUCACCCUGCUGCUCUACGCACACUGGACGUCGGGGAAGAAUGUGGGCGUGGUGACGCCAGGGUGCCCCCUGCGGGCUGCCGCCAGACGUAUCCCUUGCCCCAACAGCCAGGGUUUCGGAUGCUACAAUGACACCUAUCCGCUGAGUCCCCCCAGGCGCACGCCGCACGGCACCCGUUACCGCAUCGCCGUCAUCGCCGACUUGGACACGGAUUCGCGCAGCCAGAAACCUUCGACCUGGUUCAGUUACCUGCGCCGGGGCCACCUGCUGGUGUCGGGCAGCGGAGACCGGCUGGCCGUCCAGUGGGACCCGGACCACGCGGUGUUGGAGGGCCAUCUGGCCGAGAAGGGCCGGGGGAUGGAGCUGUCCGAGCUGGCGGCCUUCAACGGGAAGCUGUACAGCGUGGACGACCGCACCGGCGUGGUUUACCGCAUCGAGGGCGACCGGGCCGUGCCCUGGGUCAUCCUGCCCGACGGUGACGGCUCCGUCCCCAAAGGGUUCAAAGCGGAGUGGCUGGCGGUGAAGGACGAGCACCUGUACGUAGGCGGCCUCGGUAAGGAGUGGACCACCACGACGGGGGAAGUGGUCAACGGGAACCCUGAGUGGGUGAAGGUGGUGGGAUUCCAGGGCGAUGUGGAGCAUCGGAACUGGGUGUCUCAGUACCAUAGCCUUCGCGAUGCGGCCGGCAUUAGCGCCCCAGGCUACCUCAUCCACGAGUCGGCGGCGUGGAGCGACACGCUGCAGCGCUGGUUCUUCCUGCCGCGCCGAGCCAGCGUGGAGCGCUACGACGAGGCGGCGGACGAGCACCGCGGCACCAACCUCGUGCUCAGCUGCUCGCCCGACUUCCGGGACGUCGUUUCCAGCCGGGUGGGGCAGCUGCUGCCCACCCACGGCUUCUCCUCCUUCAAGUUUGUGCCCGACACGGAUGACCAGAUCGUUCUGGCCCUCAAGUCCGAGGAGGAUGCCGGCAAGGUCGCCACCUACAUCACGGCCUUCACGCUGGAUGGACGCGUCCUGCUGCCGGAGACCAAGAUCGGGGACGUCAAGUACGAGGGGCUGGAGUUCAUCUAGGGGGUGUAGUUGACGAAGCACUGACUUACUGAACCUUUGGGGGCCUUUGGGUCCCACGCUGAAUUGGGGCUGGAUUAGAGGGGGGUGUGGCUUUCUGGAUGUGGGUGUGGCCUGUUUGCUGUGGGUGUGGUCCAAUGCGAUUGCUCCGCCUUUGACUCUUAAAGGGCCCCCUCUAGCGAAACCAACGAGCUCUUCAUGCGAUGAAUACCGUUACCGGAUUCCGGUGGCGAAAAAAUAGCAGCGCUGGAAUCUGGGAAGAUGAGGCGAACAAGCCAUUGAUUGUCUGCACUGUAAAACACACCGAAUGCCUGUCCGACCCACACGUACGUGUCACCGCCUGUGUGGAAAAGACGACGGAUGGAAUGUUUGUCUUGAUUCGGGACAGACGCGUAACAGUUUUGUUCUUCUUUUCGUGUUGCAUUUAUUUUAUCAUAUUUUAAUUGACUUGUUACUUUAGGUUUUAUUUAAAAAACAAAUAUAAGGCCACUGGAUCCCUGCAGAAAAAUGCGUUUAUUUUCUGUCCCCGGUAAAAUUUUAAAGGGAAAAAAAUAGUUUAGACUGUUUACUUAAGCAGGUUUGCUUGUACUGUCUGAAAACUGUGACAAAUAAAAAAAUUAACCACUUUAUCACAAUAACACUUUAGAAUAUUACUUUCAGUACAGCGCUUACUUAUGGACCUGUAGUUGUUGGGUGGCAGCAACUGAGCAAAUCAUAUUUUAAUACUAAUUAGUAAUAUAAAUCAGCUAUAUAUUGGUGGUGCAGUGGGU